UUCUAUUGAGCUCAUGUCUUCUUCCAUGGCGUUGAUACAGAGUUCGAUUACCGGUUCGUCUGCGGUUAGAUUGAGCUUCUCAAACUCAAUGCCGAAGAAGGUCUCCGUCGUUGUCCCGAUGGUGAAAGGUUGUUGGAGGAGAGGUUCGUGUCGGAGAAGUGGAGUGUUAAGAGCAAUGGUGCAGGAGGAAGCAGUUCAAGGGUCUCCUUCUGUUUACGCCAGAGAUAUGGAGAGGCUCUCUGCUAAAGAAUCUCUGCUUCUCGCUUUAAAGGAUGCUGGAGGAUUUGAAGCUUUAGUUACAGGGAAGACGACGAGUAUGCAAAGGAUUGAUGUCAAUGAGAGGAUAACUAGUUUAGAGCGGCUUAACCCUUCUCCUAGACCAACUACGUCUCCUUGUUUAGAAGGUAGAUGGAACUUCGAGUGGUUUGGCUCUGGAAGCCCUGGUUUACUAGCUGCUCGGGUCAUAUUCGAGAGGUUUCCUUCAACGUUGGCUAACCUCUCAAGAAUGGAGAUACUGAUUAAAGAUGCUAACGCAAAGGCCACUGCUAAUAUCAAACUCCUGAACUCGAUAGAAAGCAAGAUCAUUUUGUCAUCUAAGUUGACUGUGGAGGGACCUCUGAGACUGAGAGAAGAAUAUGUGGAAGGUAUGUUUGAAUCCCCAACAGUCAUUGAAGAAGCAGUUCCUGAACAGCUUAAAGGCGCAUUGGGUCAAGCGACCACAACGUUGCAGCAGCUUCCUGAUCUUAUCAAAGAUACUUUAUCCAGUGGUCUAAGGAUUCCCCUGAGUGGAUCUUUUGAAAGAUUCUUCAUGAUAUCUUAUCUAGAUGAGGAGGUUCUUAUAGUAAGAGAUACUUCAGGAGUCCCUGAAGUUUUAACGAGGUUGGAAACACCGUCAUCAAUUAUUGAAGAAACUCUUUGAAUAUGAUAUAGUUAGAUGUUACUAGCCAUUGUUCUUAUGUUCCUUUAUGUGUGUUCUUUCAAGAAACAACUACUAAGUUGAGAAUCUCUGUUUUGAUUUAACUUCUUAAACUCUCUCUCUAAAGAAGGCACAUACUAAUAUUUUCUUAAUUGGUAUAUAAUG